UUUCAGGGUAUUGAUAAGACAAAUGAAUAUAUUGCAGCACAAGGACCUCGACAGAACACCAUAAAGGACUUUUGGACCAUGAUUUGGCAGGAAAAUGUUGACCAAAUAAUAAUGUUGACCAACCUCAAAGAAGGAAAUAAGGUGAAAUGUUCAAAGUACUGGCCAGAUCUGUAUCAAUCAAGUACGUUUGGUGUCAUCUCCCUAUUAGCAGAGGAAGAACAGGUCUACGCUUACUAUAAAAUCAGGAAAUUUAGAGUUACCCAUAAAGUGCAUAACAAAUCCCGCAUUGUGACCCAUUACCACUACACUGCCUGGCCGGAUCAUGGGAUUCCAGAACCGCUUUGCCUUGUAGUUUUCCACGAUCACGUAACAAGAACAAAAGAUGGAAGAAAUGAUAAACCAACACUAGUACAUUGCAGCGCAGGGAUAGGGCGGACUGGUACUUAUGUUGCCUUAGACGCUUUAUACAAGGCGGGAAAAUCAGAGAGGAAAGUCAACAUCGCGGAAUACGUGAAGAAAAUGAGGGAAGGCAGAAUGAACAUGGUCCAAACUUAUGAGCAGUAUAAGACUAUUUUCCUCGCACUUGAAACCGUGUUUAAAGCUCUCAAAUACGUGCUCCUCACCAAACCUGAAUUUACAAGGAAGGCAGAGUUGAUGACCAUGGAUAAACCAGCCAAUGAAAGCGAACUUAGAAAGGAGUUCCAAUGUAUAUUAAUUAUAAAUCUCCUAAGAGUGAGGCACAGAUACACAGAAGAGGCUUACAAAUUUGCUUUAGAGAGCGGCGGAAGUAAAUCAGCUGUUCUUCCACUUGACAAGUAUCGCCUGUUCCUGUCAUCAAGUGUACCACAACGCGGGAAUUACAUCAAUGCCAUUACACUUCCUUCUUACACUAAGAACAAGGCAUUUAUAAUAACACAUUAUCCCCCAGCAGGGGACGCUGUCGACUUUUUGCGUCUGCUCACUGACCACGAAUCAGAUGUAGUCAUUUGUAUGGAUCCCCUAACGAAAGUGGAAUCAACAAAGUUGUGGCUACCGGCUGCCAAUAGUAAGAAAUCUGUUGCUCCAUACACAGUAAAUUGUGGACAAGAACAAGUCACAGACAUAAAAUUUACAACAAUCAGCAUUAUCCAAGAAAAGGCAACUGAAGAGGGAUGCUCCGUAUCAAUAAUAGAACCAAAAGGAAGCUUGAAAAUAGCAGAAAACUCACAAGCUACAAUGCAGAUGUUACAUUUGGUUUCAUCAGCACUUCAAUGUGAAACAGAGGGUCCCAUUACUGUAGUUAGCAGUGACGGAGCAGCCCUAAGUGGAGUAUUUUGUGCUGUAUUUAACACACUACAACAAUUGUCUAUGGACGGGGAGGUGGACAUAUUUACUGCUGUCCGUCAGCUACAGAUAAGACGACCGGAACUCUGCUCUACUCUGGAGGAAUACAUGAUGAUCAACAAUGUUGUUCUGGACUACAUCCGGGCACAAGAGGAAACAUCAGAGGAAAAUAUUUAUAGCAACCAAUGACAACAUUUUCGAAAUCAAAUGUAUUUGACUUUUGGGGGAAAUUUCUAGUAGGAAGACCUUAAAGUGAAUUGAUUUGAAAUAUGAAAUACUAAAUAGUAUUCCUUAAUCAUAUUGCGAUAACAUCUGUGAUCAUUUAAUUGCUAAUUUAACAGUACAUUACCUUAAUGCAGCAAUGUUUUUGAUUAUUUAAC